AUGGCUCUUUUUCUGCCCAUUAUUCUCGCAAUUCUUCUGACUUUCAUUGCGGCCUACUGGAAGUUUUUCCGACAGAUUUGGAAGUUCAAAACUUAUGAUGAGAAGGUAAGUUGAAAAAACGUUUCUAAAAAUGAGUGUUUGCUUUCCAGAUUCCGGGACCUGCAACCCACCCAAUCUUUGGAAACGCGGCAUUGUUUGCGGGGAAGAACACUGCAGGUGUGUGUCUAAUCACUCUCUUCUCACAGCAAUCAGUGCGGCCUGUCCCCGUGCCGUCGAUAGCUCAGUUGGUAGAGCGGAGGACUGUAGAGUCAGUGGUUAUCCUUAGGUCGCUGGUUCGAAUCCGGCUCGACGGAUUUCUUUUUCCUAUUUUUGUUUGCUUCAGACAUCUCAACGUUGUUCCGAGAGACUGCCAAUGAAUGGAGAAGUAAGGGAUUCGAUGUGAUGAAGUAUCGAAUUGUGGAGAAGAUGUACGUGUUUCCACUCAACGGAAAGUCACUUACGGUAACAAAUAAAGCACAAAAUCUUUAAAGCUGAACAAAUUUCAGAAAAUUCUCGAAUCAACAACCGAACUGAACAAAGGAGACGACUAUAGGUUUCUGGACCCGUGGCUUGGUGGCGGCGUACUUUUGGAGGGGUACGGAGACCGCUGGAGGACUCAUCGGAAAAUGUUGACCCCAACUUUUCAUUUUGCAAAACUGGAAGGAUAUUUGGAGGUUUUCAACAGUGAAUCAAGAGUGAGUUUCGCACGGUCACAUACAAUUUGAUGACUUCAAUUUCAGAUUCUGGUCGGUUGUCUCGAUAAAUUUGCGGAGUCUGGAGAAACAGUGGACAUCUUCAGUUACAUAAAACGAUGCGCACUGGAUAUCAUUUGUGCAACAGCAAUGGGAGCGAAAGUCGAUGCUCAGUUCAAUCACGAUCAUCCGUAUGUGAAAGCAGUGGAAGGAAUCAAUAAGCUAUCUGUAAGAAAACGUUUCCAAUACUCAAAAACUGUUUUUUGAGUAGGUCACCCAUUCUAUGAACGCUAUCCUUCAAAACAGAGUCGUUUUCUGGGCUCUCGGCUACAAGAAGCAGAAAGAUGACUACUUGAAAGUUCUGAAAAAGUUCACGAAUGACGUGAUCACGGAAAGAAGAGCGGCUCUCGCUUCCGGAGAAAUUGAGAAAGAGACAUCAAGACGGAAGAUGAACUUCCUGGACAUUCUGCUAAGCAACGAGGAAUCGCAUGAAAUCACUCCAGAGGAUAUCAGACAGGAAGUGGACACGUUUAUGUUUGCUGGACAUGACACAACUACCACUUCCCUGUCGUGGGUUUGCUGGAAUCUCGCGCAUAAUCCGGAUGUUCAAGAAAAGGUUUACGAGGAAUUGGUUAGUAUUUUCGGAGAGGAUUCGAAUGAAGACGUCACUUCGGAAGGAAUCGGAAAACUGGAAUACACGGAACGAGUGCUCAAAGAGUCCAAACGAAUCAUCGCGCCAGUGCCAGGAGUACAGAGAAAACUGAGAUUUGAUAUGGAAAUAGGUUUGUUUUUAACCAUCGGAUUGGUAAUUUCAAGCGGAAAUUCAAAUAUUUUCAGCUGGCGUGAAAGUUCCAGCCGAUGCGAAUGUCUCCAUCUCCCCUCUUGUUCUCCACAGCAAUCCGGAUGUGUUCCCAAACCCUGACAAGUUCGACCCUGACCGUUUUCUUCCGGAAGAAAUUGCCAAGCGACACACCUACGACUACAUUCCGUUUUCCGCUGGACUUCGCAAUUGCAUCGGACAAAAGUUCUCGCAGCUCAAUGAGAAGGUCAUGCUCAUUCAUCUUCUCAAGAACUACCGGAUUGAGCCGAAACUCGGGUUUUAUGGAACCAAACCGACUUUUGAGGUAACUAAAUGGGUCUAACCGUUUUCAUAAGAUGUACAUAUUCAGGUUGUUGCAAAGCCUUCCAACGGAAUCCCAGUGAAACUGAUCCGAAGAUUCUGA